AGUCGCUCUGCUGCGCAGCUCCCUAAGCGGUUGCCGCCGCCGGAGACGGUUGGGAGGACCGUUGUGGCUAGGGCUACACGAGGCGAACGGCUUCUUCCUCUUCACGACUGAGCCCCCCGAGCACCGCAGUCGGCGUCACUUUCGCCUGACAGGCAUUUAAGUCAAACGGUAUUGAGAUGGAUUGGGUUAUGAAACAUAAUGGUCCAAAUGACGCUAGUGAUGGGACAGUACGACUUCGUGGACUACCAUUUGGUUGCAGCAAAGAGGAAAUAGUUCAGUUCUUUCAAGGUAUAUUGAGAUCUUCAGAAGUAGCAGGAGUGAAAUCAAAGGAUUUUAUGAUCCACCAAGAAGAUUGCUGGGACAGCGACCGGGACCAUAUGAUAGACCAAUAGGAGGAAGAGGGGGUUAUUAUGGAGCUGGGCGUGGAAGUAUGUAUGACAGAAUGCGACGAGGAGGUGAUGGAUAUGAUGGUGGUAUGUGUAUCUAAUGAACAAAGGUUCUGUUGUCAUUUUCUUAAUGUUCCUGACAUUUUGUCAAGAAAUAUAGAAAUGGCAGUAAUUUCAGUACCUACUAGGUUUUAAAACCUGUUCAUGAAAACAGAUUCCCAUGGCCAGCUGUGGGAUUUGAUUGAUGCACAUAUUGGCACCUAAAAAGACUUAUACAGGAAUUAAAAUGAAGAUAUUGGCAUUUUUUACUUUUUCUGGCAUACAGGUGAUAUUUACAUGUUUGAAAUUAUCCUUUUGAGAUUUUAUAUUUUCAUCAAAUGUUAAUUGCUUUUCAUAUGCAAUAAGUUGGGAAUUACAAACUUCUGAUAAUUAAGUUUGUUAAAACAGAUGACUUACCACAAAAUGUUUGUAAACUAGAUUAUAACUUUAUCUCUUGAAAGUAUGUAUUCAUUGAUUCUCCUUAAAUUACACAGGUUAUGGAGGUUUUGAUGACUAUGGUGGAUAUAAUAAUUAUGGCUAUGGAAAUGAUGGCUUUGAUGACAGAAUGAGAGAUGGAAGAGGUAUGGGAGGACAUGGCUAUGGCGGAGCUGGUGAUGCAAGUUCAGGUUUUCAUGGCGGCCAUUUCGUACAUAUGAGAGGGUUGCCUUUUCGUGCAACUGAAAAUGACAUUGCUAAUUUCUUCUCACCACUAAAUCCAAUACGAGUUCAUAUUGAUAUUGGAGCUGACGGCAGAGCAACAGGAGAAGCAGAUGUAGAAUUUGUGACACAUGAAGAUGCAGUAGCUGCCAUGUCUAAAGAUAAAAAUAACAUGCAACAUCGAUACAUUGAACUCUUCCUGAAUUCUACUCCUGGAGGUGGCUCUGGAAUGGGAGGUUCUGGAAUGGGAGGCUACGGCAGAGAUGGAAUGGAUAACCAAGGAGGUUAUGGAUCUGUUGGAAGAAUGGGAAUGGGGAACAAUUACAGUGGAGGAUAUGGCACUCCUGAUGGCUUGGGUGGUUAUGGCCGUGGUGGUGGAGGCAGUGGAGGUUACUAUGGGCAAGGUGGCAUGAGUGGAGGUGGAUGGCGUGGGAUGUACUGAAAGCAUAACCAACACACAUGUCCUGGCAACAACAUCUGGUCUACUAGACUUUCUUACAGAUUUCAUUUCUUUUGUAUUUUAAGAACUUUAUAAAGACUGAAGGAAUGUGUUUUCAAAAUAUUAUUUGGUAAAGCAACAGAUUGUGAUGGGAAAAUCUGUUUUCUGUAGGUUUUAUUUGUUGCAUACUUUGACUUAAAAAUAAAUUUUUAUAUUCAAACCAC